CAAGACACAGAAAAAAAAAUGGCGAAAUCCUCACUCAAAAAAAAUCAUCCCAGUGGAGAGUUUGCCAGUGUUGCCUCAUAUAUUUGCAGAAGGUUUUGAAAUGACUCUCUCCGACUUGGUGCUGUUACCAUGCUUACACCAGUACCUAUCAGUUGCCAUGGAAAUAGGUGACCAAUCGUUUCUUGGUCAAAUGCCUAAAAUCUUGCUGUGGUACAACAAGAUGAUGACUGUUCCAUUCAUAAGUGAAACUUUCUCACGUUUUGGAAUCUGUGCGUUGACGUUCGGUGAUGUAGACAGUGACAGGAUCAAUUCAGAAGCUUUAAUUGCUGUCUGUUCUAAGCAACAAAUUUUAAAAUCACGGAGAACUCUGAAGACAAACAUGCGAAGGGAUGCUCCGUUGUUAAUUAAUAAACUGAAGUCAAGUGGUAUUGAAGUAAAAAUGGACAAACAUCCAAAUGAUAAAAUAAAACUCUCAUGGUCUGAUCUACCGGAGGAUGUACAGCCUAUACAAGGUACUGUAACUGAAGAAAGAUCUCAAAGAAAAUGUCAGCAGAUAGAAAAUAUUGUAUCUGCUGUGACGACGAUAGCCCUGCCUGGUCACACUAUUGUGGAUUUCUGUAGUGGCUCGGGACAUGUUGGUAUCACAUUGGCAUACCUGUUACCAGAGUGUCACAUUGCAUUGGUUGAAAAUAAAGCAGAAUCCUUGCAGCGUGCCGAGAAGAGAGUUAAGAAUCUCAAAUUAACUAAUAUCACGUUAUAUAAUGGCAAUUUAGACUACUACACGGCAAAGUUUGAUAUUGGGGUAUCAUUGCAUGCAUGUGGGGUUGCAACUGAUAUGGUUCUGGAUAAGUGUAUACAGUGCAAUGCAGCAUUUGUGUCAGCACCUUGUUGCUAUGGCAGCGUACACACAACACACGUUAUUACUUAUCCAAGAAGUCAGAAGAUGAGAAAUGAACUUACAGAAGAGGAGUACAUUCUCUUGGGUCACUCUGCGGAUCAGACACCAUGGCAGUUCCAAUCUGAAAUAGCUAAGCAAGGAAAGACCAGUAUGGCUCUGAUUGACUUUGAUAGAGCAGAAGCUGCAAGAGAGAAAGGUUAUAAUGUAAGCGUGUGUACGAUGGAACCACCCACAUGUUCACCAAAGAAUGAUCUACUUAUAGGAAUACCAGUGAAUCUCUCGUGUUGAAUAGGAAAUCAACCGUAAUGAUCUACUCAGAAUCUGAAUAGGAAAUUAACUUGAAUUAUUUACUCUUAGGAAUACCUGUGAAUCUCUCCUGUUGAAUAGGAAAUCAAUCGUAAUGAUCUACUCAAAAUCUGAAUAGGAAAUUAACUUGAAUUAUUUACUCAUAAGAAUGCCUGUGAAUCUCUUCUGUUGAAUAAGAAAUUAAUUUGACUUUCACAUUUUUAAAUUCAACUGUAUCAUUUUAAUG